AUGAGUGGCACUCCUCGUCUUCCGUCUGCUUUUCCUCAGACGCCUCAAACAAUUACAACGAGAAGAAAGCUCUUUGAAACUCCUCGCUCCAAGCCCCGUGACGUCAAAGAGCCGAGGUCAUCAGCCAAGUCCCCGAUAAAGUCCCCAGCCAAAUCUCCGGCAAAGCCACCCAAGCCUGCCGAGCCUUCGAGCACACCUUUGGUGCCCGUCCAUUUGGUCGACGCUCCCUCCCAGCGACUCUAUGUGGUAGCCUUUUAUCUGGUCCUCAAUGCAUGGCGCGUGUAUGAGUCUUGGACUGCGUCCGACGAGCUGGACUCAACAUGGUUGUUUCUGAAAUGGGUUUCGGUGGAUGGUGUCUUCUUGUUUGGCCUCCAAGCCUUGCGCAUUCCUUGGUUGGAGUGGGCUUUCCCAACCACACUUGCUGUUUUCUUACUUCAUGUGGUUGGUAAUGUUUUUCUAAUGUUCCGCAUUCCGAUUCCUCUGGGUAUUUGGAUAGCGGAAUUGGUCAAAAUCGCCUACGACCGUGAGCUAUCGAUCUCCGAGCGGAAAGUCAAACCUGGCGACAUUAUUCACAAUGCUUCUUUGAUCCUGGGAAAGCAAAUUGUGCACAUUUUGCCUGAGGGGUCUGCCAUCCUCAAUCCGGAACGCGAUCCGCUGUGCCUUGACUCCCAGAAAAAUGUUAUCGACCUCCCCAUCCGCGUCAACCAGACCGAGCCCAUCCUUAUUGAGGUGCUUCGGCUCGAUCUGAACACGGGAGAAAAUGAGACUAUAACGAUCCCGGCAAAGCAAUUGAAGCAAAUCAAGCGCCAAGCGGACAAAAGACACGCGACUCUCGACCCAGUUCCUUACCGCGACCUGCAUAUACCGAUCAAGAAGACGGGUAUCUACCGUUUGCAGCGCGUUGUGGAUGAGUCCCAACUAGACGUCCGAACUCGCACAUCCGAUGCAUUGGUAGUGGCCUGUCCGCGAGCAUUGAUCAAGAAUUCCCAUACAAACAAAUGCAGGGGAGAGUUGUCGAAUUUGGUGCUUGAGGUGGAGGGGACGCCCCCGUUAAAGAUCAAAUAUAGCCGUCAGGUUAAUCAUCAUGACCGCGGGUUCUCCUUUCAGAACAUUCAACCUGAUAACCUCCGUUCUCCCCUCUUGAGUCAAAAACAGGGCGGUGCGCUUUUCAGCGUCGACCAACCAGACUAUAUAUGGGCCCAAAGUCAGAUUAUCAGUGUGCCUCUGAAUGAAUCACUCAAUGUUGGCGGCGAUUGGCUUUACGCAGUUGAAGAAGUCCACGACGCGUGUGGGAACAUUGCCAAUUAUUCGUCCAUAUUUGAGGAUGGAGAACGUCCCACUAGCAAAUCUUUGUCGCAGUGGCAUCAAUUCUCGGUUCAUGAACGCCCACUUAUUUCUUUCGCUGGUUGCAAUGAUCAACGCCCCCUUGAAGUUGCCCGCGGAGAUUCUGUCGAUCUUCCAGUCAGAUUCCAGCCUGUUGGAGGGGGUUAUACUGGCGAUGGUCCAUUCUCCGUCGCAUAUUCCUUCAAUCCUGGCUCCGACUUGAAGACAGGGGAUCCUCAGACCUCUAGAACGCUGGUGAUGAAGUCAUUGGAUCAGAAGGCACCCAUCAAAGAACCUGGUUGGUAUUCUUUGUCAUCAGUCUCCAGUCAAUUCUGCCCCGGUGAUAUCUUGGAACCUUCGAGCUGCUACCUGCAUAAUCCACCAGAACCUGAGCUCUCGAUAAAAUCCGAGAAGAAAUUCGAUCGGUGUGCCAAUAAUGCAAUCGGUCUUGUGGUUGACCUUGAUCUUACGGGGUCGCCCCCAUUCCGGGUCCGCUACAAUGUUGAGAACUCCAAGGGAGUGCUCACAAGGACGGAAACCAUCAGCGGACUACGAAGCCAGUUAGACCUGACUCCAACGGAGGCAGACUUCUACCGCUAUCGCUUUCUGGAUAUCGAAGACUCAGUCUAUUCUCCUCGGUCAUUGAAAGACAAAGUGGCUAUUCUUGAACAAGAUGUCAAGCCCCCUGCUUCUGCUCAUUUUAUCGGGCCAAGGCAAGCGCGCAAGGCUUGCUUCGGGGAGUCCAUAUCUGCCGGUGUCUCCUUUUUGGGCGAAGCACCAUGGACCUUGCAAUACGAGCUCAUCCACAACGGCAAGAGGACGAAGCACGUGCUCGAGUCUGACACUGAGACGGCGACCAUCACCACAGAUAAGCUGAUCAGCGGUGGUGAAUACAGCCUCGUAUUGACGAGCGUCAAAGAUAAGUCGAAUUGCAAGCGCAACUUGAAGGACGUUCUCAAAAUCGAUGCUAGGUCCAAGCCGCCUCAUGUUGCAUUCGGGGAAAUCGACAAGAAACGCAGUGUUGAAGCCCUGCAAGGUUCAAAGAUCGAACUGCCUCUGAGGUUGAGUGGUGAGCGGCCAUGGUCUGUAAAGUAUAAGAACGUGGACGUCGACAAAGCUCCGGUUGAGAAGACAUUCCUCAGUGAGAAUAGCGCUUUGACAGUGACCCAACAAGGUCUUUACGAGAUUCUCGAGGUCCGAGAUAGCUCGUGCCCGGGGACUGUGGACCAAGCAGCGCAAGAAUUUGAAGUAUCCUGGAUACCCCGACCCCAAAUUAUCGCCGUCGAUGGCACUGUGAUUGGAUCAACAAAGGAGUAUGCGAAAUCCGAGGUCUGCCAAGGUGACGACGACAGUCUUGAGCUACGCCUUUCCGGAAAUCCUCCGUUCGCUCUUCAGUACGAGCAACGUCGCAAGGCAGACCGUGCAGCUUCUACUGGACAGCGAAAUCUAAGGACCGGCCUGAAUGUGAUUUCGACCGAGAUGGAGACCUCUGAGCCUGGCCUCUACACCUACAAAUUUACUGAUGUCAGCGACAAUCUCUACGACCAUGAUCCAAAGAGUAGCGCUUUGGUUGUCACUCAGAAAGUGAAUCCCCUGCCCACGGCUCGUUUCGACUCCCCCGGCCAUAUCUACGGCUUCUGUAAAGAGGACGCGACUGGUGAAGAAACAAUCCCUAUCACUUUGGAGGGUGUUCCGCCGUUCUCGUUGGACAUCACCAUUAAGCACCACUCGAAUGCCAAGCCAGAAAUUGUUUCAAUUCCGAAGAUCAACUCCAAUCGGCACAAUCUGCCCAUUCCUCGGCGCCAUCUUGAUCUUGGUCAGCAUGUGGUCAGUAUCAACAAGGUCCGUGAUUCUCGUGGCUGCCAACGAACAACUGAGUAUGACGCCUCUUCCGUUCGAGUAUCUGUGUCUGAUGUCCCGACCAUCAUUCCCCUUGAGUCCAAGGUCGACUACUGUCGCAAGGCUACUUCACAAAACACCAAUUUCCGCCGUAUCGCAGAGCGGGCUGGAGAAUUCACCAUCACUGCAGUCGGUGAUGGCGCCAGUGGGAGAUGCAAGGCCCAUAAGGAUAUCACUAAGGUGAUCCACGAGAUGCCCAGCGUGCGAAUUAGCAAUGGCCAGGUCUCGGUCGUGGACAUUCACGAAGGUGGAGAAGCCGAGCUCCAUUUCGAUUUCUGGGGAACACCCCCAUUCGAGUUCACUUACAUUCGAAGCUCCAAUGCUCGUAAGGGAAAGAAAUCGGAGGUGCUUGAUAUUAAACAUGAUAUCUCCUACGAGCAUCGCAAAACCGUCAAGACGUCUGACGAAGGUACCUAUGAGGUCGUGGCAAUUAAGGACAAAUUCUGCUCGUUUGCCUCGCAGGUCCCAUCAGGCAAGUCAGACCGGGGCUCUUCAUGA